AUGCUCCCCGCCCCUGCCCAUACCCGGCAUAGACCGGUACCUGAUCUCCUCUACCAAGACUCGUCACUGCAAUUUUUCGUGCGCUCGCAGCAGGACGGAGAGAAAGAUGGGUCGCGUGAGUCAGACAUCUCGUCGUUGGAGAGUACAGGGACGGACUCGGAUUCAGAUGCGCCCUUAUCAAAGCAUCCAACGCAAGUCCCGGAGCCUGGCUCAUCCCAGGAUCAGGGUGUACAAAAUAUGCUACAAUUCCUGGGUAAUCAAGCAUCUGCUAUAAAAGGACCAGAGGUCAGUACAGACGUAGCAGCCCUGAUAUCUGAGUUUUUACUCAAGGGAAUUGAUAAAGAAUCUCGCAAAACUACUCUGGAAUCUUAUCCCUGUUUGGCAAACUGUCCAGCCCUUCAGCCUCCAAUGAUUAACCCAGAGGUUUGAUCUUGUUUAAGUACAAAUGCAGUUAAAGAGGAUACAUUCCUCAGUAAACUUCAAUUACAGUUAGCAUCUGGAAUAAGUGCACUGGCCGUCGGCUUCGAUAAGUAAUAUGAAAAAAAAAAAAACGAAAUCGAAUUCUACAGACCAAACACGAGCUGAUUUGGAAAGAUGCUGUGCUCCACUAAAAAUAAUCGCAGAUGUUUUUCACGCGAUUUCUCUUCAUCGUCGUUAUUCCAUUCUACCAUUUUUGGAUGGCAGCGUUCGCAAAUUUUCUGAUACUUGCCCAAUUGAUGAAUUUUUAUUUGGAAAAACAUUCCCGGACCAAUGGAAAUCCGCAAGUGAAGCUCAGCGAUUUGGAUUUUCAAUCAAGAAGAAGGAAAAAGCCCUAGGAUCAGCAUCUCCCAAACCACUCGUCUAUAAGAAAUUGGAGCCCAAGCCAGGUCCGUCGAGGGUCCCGUCGUCUUUAAACUCCCGGCGCCAGCAACACAAAUCUCGCAUGAAAAAGGGGGAGGAGAGGUUUCGUUCAGCAAGGUCAUACCGGAAGCAGUAGACAAGGGGAUGCCAUCCACUGUGGAGAACACUUUCCCUGGAGGCUGGGAGUUUAUCGGGGAAGCUUUUCUCAGACGAGGAGUGCCAGAAAACGGGCUCCAAGCAAUCAAGGCAUCGCUUAGUCCAUCUACCUUGAGACAGUAUUCAUCGAAAUUAAAAAAGUGGUGGCAAUUUUGUAUAAGCAAAGGCUAUAUUCCUUUUUUUGUAUUCAUUAGACGCAGUCAUUAAUUUUUUGAGUGAUCAGUUUCAAAACAAUUGUUCCUACUCAACACUUAACUCACAGUAUGCGGCAUUAGCUUUGAUUUUUGAGAUAAAUAGCUCAGAUAAAACUAUUCUAAAACGGUUUCUUAAAGGAAUUUUCAAUCAGAGACCGUCAAGACCUAAGUAUCAAUCAACUUGGGAUCCUCAACCAGUUUUAGAGUACUUAUCUACCUUGCAUCCCUUAACAGAAAUAUCUGUUAUGCAAUUGACUAUGAAGUUAGUUACUUUGUUGGCUUUAAUUACUGGCCAUCGAUUACAAACGUUCACUUAUAUACGAUUACAAAAUAUAGUUCGCCAUAUUGAUAGAAUAGAAAUUAACAUUACGGAUCGAAUCAAAACUUUAUCUUCCAAGGAUCUUCAACCCCUUUUAGUGAUCCCAUAUUUUCGGGAAAACCCAAGCCUUUGUUUAGCCUCAUCUAUCGAUUUCUAUGAAACAAAAACCAGAGGCAUACGCCCACUUGAUACUGAUUUUCUAAUUUUAACAGUUAAGAGACCUAUUCGCCCAGUCUCUACACAGAAAUUUAGUAAAUGGAUCAAACUGACCCUUCAAGCAGGCGGUAUUGAUACCUUUAUAUUUUCUAAUUAUAGCACUAGGCAUGCAGCUACAUCUGCAGCCUAUAGAACUGGAGUCUCUAUUGAAAUGAUAAGAGAGAGGGCUGGUUGGACGC